AAAAUUAUUUCUCCUUUUACCUUGUCCCAAACACAUCACAUCAUAAUAUCAUAUGAUUAAAAAAAAAAAACACCUAUGUCUUCCAAUAUAUGCGUGAAUUUAUAAGGCAAACGCCACAUCACCGUCACUUGAGCUGGGAUUGUAUCAUCUCAGGGAAAAAUGGCAAGCUCUCUCCGACGAAUAGCGACGCAUUCCCCUCAGGCCGCCGCCUGGCGAUCUUCUCUUACGCCCAUAUGCAGACAAUUUGCUUCUGACGCUUUGGUGGAAAUAAAGCCCGGUGAGAUCGGUAUGGUCUCCGGUAUUCCUGAUGAACAUCUCCGACGAAGGGUUGUGAUUUUCUCACCUGCUCGGACUGCUAGUCAACAGGGGUCUGGAAAAGUUGGUAAAUGGAAAAUCAAUUUCAUGUCAACCCAGAAAUGGGAGAAUCCAUUGAUGGGGUGGACAUCCACAGGGGAUCCAUAUGCCAAUGUUGGUGAUUCAGCACUUUGUUUUGAGAGUGAAGAAGCUGCAAAAGCAUUUGCUGAAAAGCAUGGCUGGGAAUAUACGGUUAAGAAGCGCCACACACCAUUGUUAAAGAUCAAGUCGUAUGCGGACAACUUCAAAUGGAAGGGACCUCCCAAGACAGCAGAAUAAUUUUUCUACUGCAAUUCAAGUGCUUGUGGAUGUUCUGCCCCAAUGCCUUGCAUUCUUUCUUCUUUACCUUUUUUUGAAGUUACCGUGGAUUACCUCCUUGAAGGAUUUAAUAAAUCAAACUUAUGAAAAAUCCACAAGUACAUGGUAUAUUUUAAAACCUUUAUGAGGCAAUUUCCGGGUGUUAUACCUGAUCCUACUCUGUAGUGGUUAUUGGAGGUUAGUAGGACAUUGUGGUGUGUCAAAGUACUUCUAGACUUGUUUCUUCUUCAAAAGUUGGUGUAUGCAAUGGAGUGUCCAAGACAAAUUUCUUACCAA